AGAAAGUGAGUUUUAUUAGAGGUAAAUAUGUGAUAUAAAAUAUCGCAGCUUUUUCCAACAAUCUAGACAUGGAGGACCUGGACCAACCGUGGAUGAACGACGAUCGAGAUUACGAUGACGACGUCGUGGUUGAGCGGGAUGAGGAAGUCGAGCAGGAACCCAUCGAAGUUGUGCAGGAAGAACUAGAUGAUGAGUAUGCCCGGGAAUAUUUUCGCAAGUUUGAACCAGAUUCAGAUAACGAUAAAAACGAACGUGAGACCUCGUACAAAUCAAUCCGGGCGGUAAGGAAAUAUUGCAAAGAGAGAGGCUUACCGUACCUUCGCCACAACGGUUACCAACAACCAGCGCGGAACGUUAAAGAUGCCUGUAUGUGUUUUAAAUUUUGCUAUGCAAAGUUUAUGGAAGAUACACGAGAGAAAAUGCUAAACAAUUUGCUGGAGCUGUCUGCUGAAGGUCAAAACAUAUUCCUGAUAUGUCACAUAGAAGUCGUUCCAGCGCAUCGCCCGAAGCAUGGAAAGCAGCAGAAAUCUGUUCGCAACUACUAUUUGCCUUCCAACUCGGGAAGAGUGCGAGUAUGCAAGAUGAUGUUUGCGAACACAUUCGACCUUAGCGAUAAAAGAGUUCGAGUAUUGAAUCACAAAGCAGAAACCGGUGCCUACGAUGGUUGGCUGCGAAAAUUCCGGUCGUCGAUCCAAGAAGCUGGCAACGUUCCGUUGGAAGAACAAGAAUCGAGCCAUGAUGUAGACGAUGUUGAACUGAACUCCCCUCAAGAUCCAAUUUCGAAUGAUCAUCCUACCAAAAACCAAUCGCGUGUUGGAUCUGAUGAUGAAUCGGACGUCGAACUCGUUUCAUCGAUUGUUAAGAGCGACAAUGUUUCUGCCGAACCCAAACCACUGUUGGACGACGUGUUCUUAGACCGCUACUUCCAACAGCAGUACGAAGUUAAUUCGAUGCAGGAUGAACUCGGUAGCAGCAACACUGAAACUCCCAAUAAGGUGAAAAACACCCCGCUGGAACCAUGUUCGUGCGUUGUCUAUCAGUGUACGCAUUGGUUUACGGAAGAUUGGCGCCUGAAGAUUUACAGUCGUUACGCCAUGUUGCCUCCUGCGAAACAGGUGCAAUUCCUGCAGGAUCAUACAGAACAGAUUCCGAAAAAGCGUGCCAAAACGGACUCAUCGAGGCGCACUUACAGUCAGCUUUAUUUUAUACCAACGACAACCGGUCGAACCAGGGUUUGCAAAGUAAUGUUCCUAAACACAUUUCGGAUAAAUGAUCACAAAAUUCGAGAUUUGAACAGCAGAAAUGAAGAGACACCUGAGCAAGCAACGGAUCUGGAUCCGCAGGAAGGUGGUAAUACAUCGCGAGUGAUUAGCAAAUUUGCAUUCGAUCCAACACUGAUAGAUCCAUUAGCCCUGACGGAGGCGGAAUCUCCACCCAGAAAAAAGCGGAGAUCUUCUAAACUGAUCGAGGAAAGCCAAAGUGGUACCAAAUUAGGAAACACACUAAAGUCUACUGAAACCAUAAAACCUAAGCAACGUUCUGAAAUGGAAGUCACAAAAACUCAAAGUUCAAGUGAUGAUGAAGACGACGGUCCAUCGAAUGAUUACAAUCAACCUAAAUCACAUCAACCACCACCAGCCGAACUCGAUGACGCAUUUCUGGCUGACUAUUUUCUCAGCUAUGAGAAUAAUGACCGAACCAAAGUCAGAAAAAGUUGGCUUAACCUAAAGGUCGACGAAGCCGUUCCGUCGGCUUGUUCGUGUCAGAGGCAGUGCUACAGCAAAUUCCCAGACGAAGCGCGCAGUAAAAUAUUCUCCCGUUUCGUCAAAUUGACCCCAAUCAACCAGCAGCGGUUUCUGUACCGUCAUGUCCAAGUCCAACACAUUCCAGGCGCUGUGACAAGAAGGAAAAAAUCUUACACUUACUUUCUACCCUCCAAAACGGGACUGGUGACAGUUUGUUAUAUUAUGUUUCAAAAUGUGUACAGAGUUACCCAUAAAAAGAUGCGUGGGCUGGUAAAACGGCACUUUCUUGGAGAUGAUCCCAGUUUUAGCACACAGACGGCACAGGAGGACGGUAGCGAUCCCGGUGUCCUGGUGGAGGACGUUGUCGAAAACGAUUUCGCAGAUAUCGAUGAUGUGAGCGAUGCACAUUUGCUACUGUACCCUGAUACAACGGAUUUCAACCAAAGUGAUGAAUUCGAUGAUCUCCAGACCAGCAUCGAUGUUGGCGAUGAUGAAGUUGAAGUUAAAGAUUCUUGUGAGCUUCUCAGCAUAGAACCUCACGAUGAGUAUGAGGCGAGCAACGCUGAAGACACUGAGUUCAGUUAUGCAGCCUUAGACGGUGUCGAGCUGGUUUUCGAUGAACCGAAUUGCCCCAUGAACGAAACGGUGCCCAUCAUACCGGAGAUCGAUGACGAAUUUCUCGAUGAGUACUUUAUCCAGUUUGAGAUGAACGAUGAUGAUCAGGGAGGCCUCAGGAGAAGAAAAAUCAAACCGAUGACCAAGGGCAGUCCUUUUGACGACCACAUCGUCAUGGAGGCGUGCUCAUGCGUCCAUUUCAUGUGUUACGCCUGGUUGACGGAUGAUUUGCGGCAGAAGCUUUACGGUAGAUUUGUGCGGCUAUCCCCGUUGAGCCAAAGACUUUUCCUCAGACGCCACAUUCGAAGGGAGUGCACUAAGAGAAAAAGGGCGAUCAUGACAAGGCGAAAUUACAGCCUGUACUACUUCAUACCGACUAGGAAAAAACAAUUCCAAGUGUGCAAAGUAAUGUUCAUGAACACAUUCAAGGUGACAGAUAAAAAGUUGCGAGGCCUUCUUGGGAAUAACCAGUUUGGAGCACCGGAAGAAACAAGUUAUGAUGAGAUUGAAGUCGAUGUAGAUAUCAACUCUCUGCAUGUGCUCUCUAGUCAAGAAGAACCUCAAGAAAUAGACAUCAAGGAAGAACCAGUACACUCAAACGGUCUACACGGCAGUGAGAAUUUCGAACCGCCAUCAGAAAGUGUUACUGAUCAAGCAAUCGCAGCUCCAUCCUCAAUCCAUUGCUCGGAUGAUGAAGCUACUCUGAGCGGAAGCGAAACCGACAGAAAACAACCCACAAUUGAAAAUGAGGACGAAGACGAUAACGAAGGCGCGGUUUAUCGGAAGCAGUUUCUGGAAAUCACCAAAGAAUCCCCAUUACCGAUUUUGGACGACAAUGUGAGAAAUCCCCAGUCUGACCUGGAUCGUCCAACCGUUAGCCCAGUGGAGCUAGACGAAGCAUUCCUAAACGGAUACUUGCAAGGGCUGUUGAAUCCACCCGUUAUGCGCAAAAGAUCUAAAAAACUUCAGCAAAACACUUCGGAUCUACCCAGCACGUUGGUGCCAGCAGCUUGCUGUUGCGCUAGGCAGUGUCACCUAAAAUUUCCGUACCGGCUACGGCAGAUGAUUUUCGAUAAAUAUUUGGAACUGUCUUGCCACGAUCAAAAGCACUUUGUGAGAAGUCUCAUGGAUCUGCGUAGCACAAAGUUAACAAAGGAAGCGACGGAAUUGUGGAAGAAAGUUUAUCAUCUUCCAAGCAACACGGGGCGCGUUGUGGUGUGUCAAUCUAUGUUUCGGAAUACGUUCAAUUUGAGCCACACACAGUUACAAGUAAUUAAGAACAGCGAAUCCGAUUCCAGAGCUAAAACGAGUGAAACUGGAAGUGUCCAUGGAAUAAAUAUAAACACAGUUCAUUCAGAAGAUCCGCCUGACGAUAUGAAUAACGAGGAGCACGACUCCAACAAUAUUGUAGAUUGCACUUCUGAUGCUGAAGUCAACGACGAUCGUGACGGUUUUUCAAAACCAAUUAAUCCUUUAGAACAAGCUUGUUCUUGUUUACAAGCGUGUUCCACCAAAGUGCCGGCUCAAAUGCGCCGAGCGCUGCUGGACAAAUAUACGAUGUUGUCCAAGCGAGAUCGAAUAGAAUUUUUGAAUAGUUGCAUCAAAUGUGGAACUCCACGUCAACAGAACACCUCACAGAAAGAAUGUAGGAGAAAAUUCACCUAUGCGUAUUCCUUGCCAAACGAUGGACCACCGAUUUCGAUUUGUAAAGUUAUGUUUUGCCACGUGUUCGGCUUGACCGACAAAAAACUACGAACAAUUAGAAACAAACGGUCUAUCGAAGAUAACGUCACCCUGCAUGAUGUUUCCGAGGCAGCAAUUGGAGACGGUACAUCUGAGGAUGCAAACUUCGAAUACGAUCCAUUCGAGAUGAACUCUGAAGAGUUGAACGAAAUGAUUGUUGGAGAGUAAGGUCGCAGGAAGAACCAUUUCAACACGGCUUACCGGUUCUUCAGAAACUACUUUUUUCCGAUUUCCAAUCGGAUGUGAUAUUCCGAGUUGGCACCAAUGGUGAAAUGAUCCACGCCCACAAGCUAAUAUUGGCGACGGCCAGCAGUGUAUUCCACGCGCAGUUCAAUGGGGCUUUCGCUGAAGCGCAGCAAAACAACCUUGAAAAGCCAGUUGUAAUUGAGGACAUCGAACCGGACAUUUUUCGAGUGAUUCUACGCUACAUAUACACCGAGGAAGCUUGCCAUAGGGCAAGCAAUGUUAUGGAUGUGUUUUUUGCGGCAGAUAAGUACCUGCUAACGGGAUUGACAGAGAUUUGUGAGCAAUUUGUUGAACAAUCUAUUACUACAGAUAAUGUUCUGGAGCUUUUUAGAAACAAUUAUCGGCAUAACCGCAACAGGCACCUUCCUGAUAUCGAUAAAAUUUGUUUGAAAACCAUCCGGGAUAAUCCUAUCAAGUGUUUUCAACACCGGGAUUUCCUCAAGUUGCCCGAGGAAGCAUUGAUAAAGAUCACUGCUAGCGAACGCAUGAACUGCAGUAUGGAUCAACUUUUGGAUGCAGUUGAAAAAUGGCGCAAUGCAAAUAAAUCAGGUACCCAAUUUCAAGUUAACUUAAGUGAUAUGCAGUGCCGUGAGCUGCGUAUUACCGGUGAUCCUUUUAAUCGUUGUAUCGCUGUAUCAGAUGUCGAAUUUAAUGUGAGUAAAAGUUUGUAUUUGUAUGGAUUAGGAAUAUUUGUAGGUAUUAAGGAAAAACCUUACGAAGACUUUGUUGCAAACCGUAGCCUUACUAUAACGGUAAUUGUUGAGUCACACGAACUAUCGGUAACGAAACAAGUUGUUUCGAGAAAUGAUGUUUACGUGCAACCAAUUUUUUUUGAAAAAUUGGAGAUAAAACAAAAUUGCAAAAUUCAUAUAACAAUUGGCGGUGCACAUGAAAGAGCAACGUUUUUCGGUUUAAAAGCGUUCCAUCCAGAAGACCGUUUGGGGGAGGUAAAUCUCACAGCAUCCGAACCGGUACCAAUCAACCGCCCGAUGGGACGAGGUUACAUUUAUUCAGAACAUAAAGAACGCAUUAAUUUUGUGGAUUACUUAUUAUACGAUGUCACUGAUAGUUAGUUGUUCAAGUUACAGUGAAAUACAGAUAUAUGAGCAUGUUAAUAAAAUCUACGGGAAUCACGUGUGGUAUUGCUAAUAUUCCGAGUACACCGCACAAUGGUCGGAAAAAGAGAAAGUUCAGCCAAAACUCUUUUUAUGUGUUUAAUCGAAACUAUAGGUUGUCUAGAUAUGUUU